UGGAUCUUGCAUUUAAACGUAAGGUGUCGGCGGAAGGUCAAAAGGCCAUAAAGACUUGGUUAAAAGAUCUAGCUGAAGCAACAGUUUAAUCUUUGGAAUCAAUCCCUGCGAUUUUUGCCUGAAUCCGGGUAUUUUUCUGAUCUGUAAUGGGUUGGAGAUAUAAGGCUGGCCUGUUCUUUAUAUGUACUGUUGUUGUUAUCUGGGUAACAUCCGCAGAAGUAACCCAGGAUAUUUUUGCUGACUAUAAGCAACCAUUCGCAGUUACAUAUCUUGGAGCUUCUCUCCUGGUAAUUUACCUUCCGGUAGCAUUUAUAAAGGACUGGGUAUGUAACUUGCUACGACGCCGUUCCUCUAAAACUGUUAAAGAUAUAGAAAGCUUAGACGAGACUUCCACUGAACUUAAUUCUCCUCUAAGGCACAAAAUAUACGAAAUGGAACUUCAAGGGACUUUGGUUAGGAAGGACAGCGGUGCAGAUCUUUCACCUCACAUAGAGGGUAAGCCGUUGGUUCCUAAACAAAAAGAUGAACUGCAGUUUAUGAAACAGGACAAAGCCCUUAGCACAAGGGAGAUCGCUACCUUUGGAUUUUAUAUUGCUCCGAUCUGGUUUGUAACAGAGUAUUUAUCAAACGCUGCUCUUGCACGUACAAGUGUAGCGAGUACAACGGUGCUGUCCUCUACUUCAGGACUUUUUACACUUUUUAUUGGUGCUUUUCUGGGUCAAGAUUCAUUGAAUGUAGCAAAGGUGGUUGCUGUAUUUGUCAGCAUGGCCGGUGUUGUUAUGACUACUCUGGGAAAAACUUGGGCUGCCGACGAUUCAAUAGGAUCCGCCAACGGGAAACGCUCUCUUGUUGGUGAUCUUUUCGGCCUCCUCUCCGCCAUUUCAUAUGGGUUAUUUACAGUGCUGCUUAAAAAGUUUGCUGGAGAAGAAGGAGAAAAGGUCGAUGUUCAAAAGCUAUUCGGAUACAUUGGACUCUUCACACUUGUAGCACUAUGGUGGCUGGUUUGGCCAUUAACAGCCUUGGGAAUAGAACCGAAAUUUACAAUUCCACACUCCGCUAAACUGGAUGAAGUAGUCCUUGCAAAUGGCUUUGUUGGAAGUGUCCUCUCUGAUUAUUUUUGGGCCUUGUGUGUUGUGUGGACGACUCCUCUAGUAGCCACAUUAGGCAUGUCACUUACCAUCCCUCUCGCAAUGGUGGCUGACAUGCUCAUUCACGGCCGUCAUUAUUCGGCAAUUUACAUUCUCGGCUCUGCUCAGGUGUUUGCUGGAUUUGUAAUAGCAAAUCUCUCAGGUUGGAUGACUAGAAAGUUGGGAUUGUAGCAUUUGUGGAAACCGUCAAUCAUAUAACUCAACUAGAACACAUAUUCAUCAUUCUUUAUCAGGAGCCCUUAUCUCUCCUUUCAUUUGUUGCAAUACACUUGGUUAAAAACUUUGAUUUGUUAACAGAAAUGAUGAAAGUAAUGUUAUUGUUUGCACAUCUUGUAAAUGACAUCUCAUCUUUUCCAUUUUUGUUUUGUUUUGGCAUCGAGCCCUAAUUGUAAGAUACUUCUCUUUAAUCAAAGGAUAUAAUUUCUCUUCA